AUGUCAAAACUGCGUGUACUGGUCGGCGUAAAAAGAACUUUAGACUACAUGUUAAAACCUCGUAUUAACCCAGCUAAAACUGGUGUUGAUUUGGCCGGCCAAAAGAUGAGUAUCAAUCCUUUCUGUGAUAUUGCCGUUGAAGAAGCAAUUCGCAUCAAGGAAACUCAAAAAGAUCGAGUUGAAGACACCCUAGUGGUAACAGCAGGUCCAAGCGCGUCGGAACAAAUUCUUCGUCAAAGCCUUGCAAAGGGAAUACAAAGAGCAUCUUUGAUUGAUGUAGGAAAUAAAGAGCUUGAACCCCUUUCCGUAGCCAAGUUAUUAAAAGCUACGGUCGAAAAGGAAAAGAGUAACCUUGUAAUUCUUGGAAAGCAAGCAAUCGACGACGAUGCUCAUCAGACAGGAGGAAUGCUUGCCGCUAUGCUUGGCUGGCCUCAGUUUACCAGUGCUAGCAAGGUUGCAUUUGAAGGUGAUAAAGUUGUUGUCACAAGAGAAAUUGACGGUGGUGCGGAAACACUUUCGAGUCCAUUACCUGCUGUUAUUACCACAGACCUUCGCUUAAACGUUCCAAGAUUUGCCAAUCUGGCUAAGGUAAUGAAAGCCAGAAAAGCACCUCUUGGAAAGUUGACCCCAGAAGAUCUUGGAGUACCCAUUGAGAAUAGACUACAGACGCUUUCUGUGGAAGAGCCAGUAUCUAAGCGUCAAAGUAUUAUGGUAAAGAAUGUUGACGAAUUUGUCAAGACUUUGAAGGAAUUGAAAGCUUUAUAA